CUUAUGCCCCACCUUUUGUACGCCAAAGCCCCUAUUUUGCACCCAAUGGCUGGAUUAAAAGGCACGCACUUUAUGAAGACAAUUGGCCGGAGAGCCCUACAUUUUUCAAAUUUGCCGCCUUUUUAGUUCUAAAGUAAUUUUUUUAACAGUAGUAUUUGUAUAUAAAAUAUGAUAGUAGAGUAUGUAAAAUUACCUUACGCGGCUUGGCAUUGUCUAUAGGUGGGUAGGUAUCUAAGAACAAAGAGCAUAAAUUACACAUUAUAUCACAUACUUAACAGAUAAUGCGAGAAUUUUUAGGAAUAUGAUGUUAUUUUUCUAAACAAAAACUUUGUUUAUACAGUUUAUAUAUGUUUAUUCAGUACUACUAUCCAAUAAAGAACCUUUAUAACACUGUAUUUGAUCGAACAAACACGUGAAUUUGGCGAUAUCUAUUUACUUGAAACUUGUUUAAUUUCCAUUGAUUGUACAACUGAAACCGCCGAUAUAAAAGACCCAAAGGGGGAUAAGUCAAUAGUAAGAGUUACCAGUUAUCAUGUGGAAGUUAGUCUUUGUAAUUUCUCUAGUUCUCUCUGCGGCGAUGUCGCAAUACUCGCAAGACUCUUGCGGUGGCGACCCCAACGCGGAACCCGGCUGUGGCUGGAACUGCGGCCGAAAAUGCGCAGACGUUAAAGUCAAAGUAUACUGUCCGAGGAUCUACUGCCCUACAACGUGCCAAUGCAAACCCGGCUUCUACUAUAACGACCAAACUUCAAGCUGUGUGGCUCCUCAGGAUUGCCCUCCAAAUUCAAACGAAUAAAUAAGUUAGUCCAAAAUAUAAAACCGAGUUAUUUGAUUAACUGUCACUCAUAAAUACAUAAAU